CUUGAAUUUCUGAUCUGGGUUUUGUUUCGUUCGUAUGAUUUUUGCUCCUUUUGGUUGUUUCAUAGGAUUAUUUUUCUGAUUCCGUGUAAUGAAUUAAUUUUGAAUUUUUCUGCAAAUCCGGUUCUGGGUCUGAAAUUUUAUGAUUUGGGAUUGUUCCAAAAAAACUAUUCUUAUAUUGGAAUAUUUUUGAAGAGGGUCUUGAUUCAAAUUCCAACACCUUGAUGGAAUGGUCAUUCAUUAUUCUGUUUUGAUCUCUGUAUCGGGCGAGUAAUGAAACUUGGAAUGCAAGGAUAUGAUGAUUGGAACCCAUGAUAAGGUUUGGUAAUGGGAUCCCUAAACAUGGAGAAGAAAUGGCUAUUUCCGCUUGUCAUAAGCUCUCUCAUUUGUAUAUUCCUUCUUGCCACUACCUUCAACAUGGGUCUUGUUUUUUCACUACACACAAUAAAUUCAAUCUUUGCAAUUUUUCCUUCUCGCUUAGCUACAAAUCAAACAAGCCCAGUUUUUGCUGAGUCAAAGCUUUCGCAAUCUCCACCCCCUCCUGCUCGGCCACAGAUUCCUCGUUUCGCUUAUUUGGUUUCCGGAUCAAAAGGUGAUUUGGAAAAGCUUUGGAGAACUCUUCAUGCACUAUAUCAUCCAAGGAACCAAUAUGUUGUUCAUUUGGAUCUUGAGUCGCCGGCAGAGGAGAGGUUGGAGCUCGCCUCCCGAGUGGAAAAAGAGCCAAUUUUUGCUAAGGUUGGGAAUGUUUACAUGAUUACCAAGGCUAAUAUGGUCACUUAUAGAGGGCCCACCAUGGUUGCUAAUACCCUUCAUGCUUGCGCCAUUCUGCUCAAGAGGAGUAAGGAUUGGGAUUGGUUUAUCAAUCUCAGUGCUUCGGAUUAUCCUCUUGUCACUCAAGAUGACCUUCUUUACACAUUUUCGACUUUAAAUCGGGAUCUGAAUUUCGUUGAGCAUACAAGCCAGCUAGGAUGGAAGGAGGACAAACGUGCAAUGCCUUUGAUGAUAGACCCUGGGCUAUACUCGUCAACCAAAUCAGAUGUCUUCUGGGUCAAUCCCCGGAGAAAUUUGCCAACAGCAUUUAAAUUAUUUACAGGUUCGGCAUGGAUGGUUCUUUCACGUUCAUUUGUAGAGUAUUGCAUCUGGGGUUGGGACAAUUUACCUAGGACCCUUCUCAUGUACUACACAAACUUCGUCUCCUCCCCUGAGGGCUACUUUCAGACUGUCAUAUGCAAUGCGCCUGAGUUUGCUAAAACUGCAGUCAACCAUGACUUGCACUACAUUUCUUGGGACAACCCCCCCAAACAGCACCCCCACAGCCUUUCCAUCAACGACACAAACAAGAUGAUUGGUAGCCGUGCUGCAUUUGCUCGAAAAUUCAAACAAGAUGACGCAGCCUUGGAUAAGAUUGAUAAGGAUUUACUAGGGCGGAAGAAUGGGAGCGUCACCCCUGGUGGUUGGUGCUCUGGCAAACCCAAAUGUUCCAAGGUUGGGAACCUGAACAAGCUCAAACCAGGCCCAGGAGCUCAAAGGCUUCGGCGCCUUGUAGCUAGGCUAACAUUGACUGCUAGGUUCGGUCAAAAUCAGUGUACAUAGAUUUUAUGGAACUUUCUUGCUUGCAGAUGGGAAAAGAUUUUGAAGAGAGGAUUACAAUAAGAAGGAUUUAAUGCUGUAGGUGCAGCGACGCCUCAUUCUUGUUAGAUUUGAAGGCAUGUUAGUGUAGUUAUGAGCAUAACCAUAAUUGUUGCCAUGAUCAGUCAAAGUUGGCACAAGGCCAUCCUUCCUUUAUUGGGUUCUGAUUACGUUGAACAUUUACACUGAAAUUUUUAUGUAGUCUUCUAUUCUUUUUGGCAUUGUGAUAUUUCAGAUCUAUUUUCUACGCACGCCAGAACUUUUGUGUUAGUAAUAUUCUUCUGGUAAUGAUGUUUAUUACAGACCGCAGAGAGUUGUGAGAAAUUUUGCAUGUUGAUUUGCUUUUAAUAAAAGAUCUUCUCAUGCCACAACUUAAAAUGA